UUGAUUUUGCAUCAAUUAGAGCGUUCUAAACGUUUCUUUAAGGUGUACAAAUAUUUCGUGAGAUUGUGAAGUGGAUAUGAUUUUUUAAUUUGACUUUUAUUGUAAUUGUAAUUUAUAUAAUAAGCUUAUCGUUUAAAAAUGUCUGUUGCCGAGUUUUUAAAGGAUUUACCUUCACACAAUGAAAAUAAUUUUGCUAAUUUUCAUACAGACAAUGGGAAUAGAAUAUGUAUAAAGAAACCUUCUCUUUAUCUCCCUACAAAAGAUCAUCCUUCAGGACAAAUUAUAGUGACAGAAAAAACAACCAUACUAUUAAGGUACCUUCACCAACAUUGGGACAAAAAGAAUGCUGAUAGAAAACGAGAUUUUGUAUCCACUAAUGGUGAUUCUGAAGAUGAUGGUACAACAGUUCGUAGCAAAAGGCCACGUCUUGAUCUAAACAAUACCCUUUAAAAUAUAUUGCACAAUUUUGAUUUCCAUUACCCGCUGAAAUACAUUUAUACGUGAUCGAAACAAACCACAAAAGGAACAGCAUUGGUCAAACAUAAUUUGGGAAUACUACGAACAUAUCUACAUGUUAGAAAGAUUAUUUCAAAACGUUACUUGUAGAUUUUAAAUGUAUAAUUUGUGUUUGAAUUACAUUAACCUCCAAAAAUAUAGAAAGUACGUUUUUAAAUAAUAUUUCUUUAGAUAUGUAAAAUUAUCGUUUACCGGAAAUGACAAUUUUUGCAUUGGUUUCAUCUGCUCUUUUCUGUACUGAAUUGCUUAUCUGAAAUUGAGUUAAAGAAGUUGAUUCUAGUAUAUUGAGUAAUACAUUACUUUGGAAUGCACAAUAUUUAGAAGCAAAUGUGUUCAUUGUUAUUUCAUUUUAUAUUGCUAUUAUUAUUUUGUGGUUAUUGAUUUGAAAGGAGCAAAAAUUUAAUCGAAGUAAUGUAUUUACAUUACUAUUCACAAAGUAAGUAUUAAUUUUGUUUUAGUAUAAGACAAUGUCUCAGAGCAUUUAUCUUGAAGUAAUUUUUUAAAUUAUUUUGCAAUAUAAAUUUCAUAUUUAUGUUACAUAAUAUAGUGAUAAGUUCGUGAUAUAUAUUUAGUUUACAAAAAAAAAUAGGUGUAACAUUGUUAAAAGGCUGAAGCUUUUAACUACGAAGUCCGGAUAGAGGAAUGGGAGUUUAUCGGGGAAGUGAAUUGGGCACAAAAUUGAUCCUCUUGUUCUCAAACGUUUAUUAUACAAAAUGAAAACUGAACAAAAAGUAAAAUAAAUCAAAGGAUCCCAAAACAAAAAUCUGAAUUUUUUCCGAAACAGUUUCGGCGCCUUUGUCGAAUCGCAAGGGCUCGGCCGUUGCUCUCGAUCCUGGUUGAGGUAGGCUAUGGUUCCUGUGAACAGAAAAACACGGCUAUGUGUUAGACACACGUAAACACGUUACACGUAGAUACGCCGCGUUCGUUUCCUCGCACCCCUGGCUUCGUAAUACGAACGUACAGGAGCGGGGAAUUUUCCAGUUCGUAAUAUACGAAUUAUUUUGUGGACUGUAUAUUUUUACAGGCGUUGAAAGAAAUUAAACUUCUUUUCUUUGCCGAUUUUGCGUCGAUUGCCUUGGCCGAGAGUUGCACUGCGAAGCCCGACAGCACGUUGUUCACUGCACGAAUGCACUACUCGAUGUGAUUCGCAGCAGUAUUUGAACUACGCGGGGGCCUGACCCACGACUCCGUUACCUCUCCGCACAGGUGCUCCUCUAAGCGUUACACCGCCGGGAUCUGUAGAAGUAAGGAGGUGAAGACCGAAAGUCAGACGUCCUAAGUGGACGUCGACCUGACUACAGUGAGCCCACCUGGAGGUACACCACGUAGGUGCCUCCCUUCUGUGUCUCCUCAGCCGAAUGGCAAUCACAAAGAAGUGUAGACGGUAUCCGUCGACCUCUUUGUGUUUCAAACGUUUAUACGCUGAAACGACCGUUCAAUUCUGCACAGGGAGGGUCGAGCAUCUUACAGGUGUAUUCUCGAGCCCCCAGAAUUUGCAGUAUUUGAAAUAAUUCAGGUUUUGAGUGUACUUGUACGAAUCUUGUAGUCUAUGUGCUUAAUUCGAAAGAAUAUCUUCUUUCGAUUUGCACUCGAGUUCUGGACGGACACGAUCGGGAGCCGAUGUGUCCAGGGCAGAAGUCGGUGUUAGACUGUGUCGAUUGACAGCCGAAGACGUCGCCGUGAUACUCUAAUUAGUCGUUCCGUGGCGCUGUCUAAAUUUCGGCCGUCUAUCUUUGUCAGAUUAUCAACGCACUACUCUCUCACGGUACUGACAUUACCAACACCGUUAUCACACUCGAAUCGAAGGUAAUGAACCGUUACCGAUGCCAGAAAAACCAAUAAUACACGCGUUUUUCUAUCACUGCUCGCUGUACAAAUUCUAUUAGAGAUAAUCUCUUGGUUAUUGUAUGCUAACAGGAUUAACGGUAAUUGCGGCCGAGGAUAAUCGCUGGCAUUAUGCAAUCUUUAAACAAACAUAGUACUUUUUAUUAUUACGUAAAUUUCAGUUUUUGUAGCUGGUUUAUAUCUUUUUGACUGUUACUUAAACGCAGAUGAUAA